UUCUACAGGCUGACUCCAACAUUCCUGCCGUCCAUCCGCGAAGUUCGGGAGAGUUCUGCGCUCGAGCAACCGGACAACUGAUCCGAACCCGUAGAACCGGAGCAAGUCGAGUGAGUGCAGUGACCCGCGAGCGCGAUGAUUCUGGUGCUGAUUCUGAGCUUCCUUCAGCUCUGCCGAACCGAACCACGACCCGGAACACCAGAUGAGAUGUUGGUGAUUACAGCAGCUACAGAAGUGACUGAUGGCUACAUGAGGUUCAUGAGGACAAUCAGGCAGUUCAACUACACUGUUCAGGUUCUGGGUCUGGGUGAGGAGUGGAGGGGUGGUGAUGUGGCCAGGACUGUUGGUGGUGGUCAGAAGGUUCGUUGGCUGAAGAAAGAGCUACAGAAACACAAAGACAAACAAAACACGGUCAUCAUGUUUGUAGACAGUUAUGAUGUGAUUUUAGCCAGCGGUCCAGACGAGCUGCUCAAGAAGUUUUCUGAUUUUGCUCAUCGUGUGGUUUUCUCUGCGGAGGGAUUCUGCUGGCCAGACCAAAGACUCGCUUCAAAAUACCCAGCGGUGCACAACGGCAAACGCUACCUCAACUCUGGAGGUUUUAUUGGCUACGCUCCUGAGAUUUACGCGAUUGUGCAGCAGUGGAAAUUCAAAGACGACGAUGAUGACCAGCUGUUUUACACACGCAUCUACCUGGAUAAAGAGAAGAGGAGAAAGUUCAACAUUACGCUGGACCACAAAUCCCACAUAUUUCAGAACCUUAAUGGAGCCAUAGAGGAAGUGGUCCUGAAGUUUGAGAAAUCUCGAGUCCGGGCUCGGAACGUGGCCUAUGACACGCUUCCUGUCGUUAUCCAUGGCAACGGGCCGACUAAGCUUCAGCUGAAUUAUUUGGGUAAUUACGUGCCGUCAGCUUGGACAUAUGAGCAUGGCUGUGGAAUCUGUGACGAUGAUCUUCUGGAUCUGAGUCAACUAUCUGACAAGGAGAUGCCACUGGUUCAUAUUGCUGUAUUUAUCGAGCAACCGACACCAUUUCUAGAAGAAUUUCUGGAGAGACUCGCAAAACUGAACUACCCACACACGCGUUUACGACUCUUCAUUCACAACAACGUUGUCUAUCAUGAGCAGCAUGUGGAACGGUUCUGGACGCGUCAUCGAUCACUGUUCCCUGGGGCAAAAAUAAUUGGACCAGAGGAAAACCUUCAGCAGGACCAGGCCAGAACCAUGGCAGUGGAGGCGUGUAAGAAGGAUGUGACCUGUGAUUAUUUCUUCAGUAUAGACUCUGAUGUUGCUCUGACUAAUCUAAAUGUUUUACGGAUUCUCAUUGAAGAGAACAAGGGUGUGAUAGCGCCCAUGUUGUCUCGUCACGGGAAGCUCUGGUCAAACUUUUGGGGUGCUUUGAGUCCUGAGGGCUUUUAUUCCCGAUCUGAGGAUUAUAUCGACAUCGUGCAGAGCAAACGAGUUGGUCUGUGGAACGUCCCGUACAUCACUCAGGUGUAUCUGAUUCGUGGAGAGACAUUGCGGACGCGUCUGGCAGCAAUUUCUCUCUAUCAGCAGGAGGGAAUGGAUCCCGACAUGACGUUCUCUAAGAGCGUCCGUGAGCAGGGUGUGUUUAUGUUUGUAUCAAACAGAGAUGAGUUUGGUCGUCUGGUCUCCUCCAGUAACUAUAACAUCAGUCGUCUGUAUCCAGACAUGUGGCAGAUAUUUGACAACCCAGCGGAUUGGAGGGAGAAAUAUAUCCAUGAGAAUUAUUCCAGGAUUUUUGAGGAUGAUGAUUAUGUUGUUGAACAGCCGUGUCCAGAUGUGUACUGGUUUCCUGCGUUCUCUGACAGAAUGUGUGACGAACUCGUUGAAACAAUGGAACAUUUCGGCGAAUGGUCUGGAGGAAAACACACGGAUGAGCGGUUGGCAGGUGGUUAUGAGAAUGUACCAACAGUAGAUAUUCAUAUGAAUCAGAUACAGUAUGAGAAGGAGUGGCUCAAAUUUCUCAAAGAUUACAUCGUUCCUGUAACGGAGAAACUCUACCCAGGAUACUAUCCAAAGGCUCAGGCCGUGAUGAAUUUUGUGGUUCGUUAUCGUCCUGACGAGCAGCCGUCGCUCCGCCCACAUCAUGACUCCUCCACAUUCACCAUUAACAUCGCUCUCAACAGCAAAGGCAAAGAUUACGAGGGUGGAGGCUGUAGGUUUCUGCGUUACGACUGUAAGGUGGAGUCUCCCAGGAAGGGCUGGUCAUUUAUGCAUCCCGGCCGUUUGACGCAUUAUCACGAGGGGCUGCCCACCACCAGAGGAACACGAUACAUCAUGGUGUCUUUCGUUGACCCUUAAAAACCUUCUGAACUCUGUGUGUGUGUGUGUGUGUGUGUGUGUGUGUGUGCGUGCGCGUUUACUCUGUAAAUUAAAUAUCAGUUGUUACUGUUGUGCAGAUUGUUACAGAUGACUUUCGCCUCGUGUCCAGUAUGAAAAUUCACUCCUUCAGGAGAUUUAUUUGUUUUUACAGAAGUUUAAAGCUCCACAUUUUUACUUGAUUUUAUAGAAUAUUUGCUUCUUCUUUUUUUUUUAAAGCAUUAGUCCUGAAAUAGCUUUUGUACUCUCAAGAUUUGUACAAACUGCUUUUAAAUUAUUUGUUGCCUUUGGGAAAUAAAUAUU